CGUUUAACUUGAAAUAUCUGUUAAGUGCAUAUAAAAAGCGCCUAACCGGACAUAUAUUUUGAUUCAAUUUAAGUAAGUGAAUCGACAUUGAAACUAUCGGUAAUUAGCAAGUAACAACAUCACAACUGCAGUUUAUACAUAGACGCACGCAAUCCUCACGUAAGCAGAAAAUACAAAAACUGAAUUGAACGAUACGGUAGAGGGGAUGGUGAGACGUCAGAUUAUCAAGAAAUAUGGAGGAGAAACGAUAUCAGAAUCAGUCGUUUGUGGCCCUCCAGUCAGUCGCGGAGCUCGACGAUUAUAUAGGUGUGCUGCUUUGCCUUUUUUCAUCUACCAUCAUUUUGCGCGUCUUCCAUCUUGACAUGCUUGUGCGGUUUAGUACAGCGUCAUGAUAUUAUCACUCGGUAAUGACGAUCGAACAACAUCGGCGUCACCAUCCUCAAAGUGACGAGUCGAGUGAAGGCGAGGCGAUUUGUCUCAGUGAUAAUAUUACAGCAUAUUCAAUGACUAACAAUAACACGAUAGAGGAGACAGCUGUGAUCCACUGUCAACCGGCUAAUCAAGGAAUCGUCGAAGUUGAUAGUGACGAUUACGAAGAUAGUUCCUCCAGUGAUAAUCAUGACGAUGAGAACAAACAGAAUUGGGUAGCCGAGAGAUCGCAAUAUAAUAUCGAAAAUAAAGUUUCUAACUCUAAAAAAACCACAAUUACGAACAAUCAUAAGACUGUGAUCCAAGCUCCCUCAGUAAUUAUAAAUAAGAAAUUUUACACCACAUCACCGUUGGCACCUUUAGGCAAUCUUGAUAGAAUUGACACGGCUCCAUCGACAGAAAAGAAUACUAUCGAUAACAAUCCUGAUACUAAUGUUGAACCAAAAUUGUCCGUCCCGCCCUUGCAACCAUUGUGUACCCAAGAUAAAGAUACAAAAUGGUAUACUAAACAGCGUCAUAUAAUAAUUUGUUGGGCAGUACUGGCAGGAUUAACAUUUAUCGGCAUUAUUGUUUACUUCUUCAUUCCAGGAUCUUGUGCUGUAUGCAUAGUAUCAAGAGAAAACUGGGGCGCACAAUCAGCAAAAGAAAAGGCUAAACCUUUAGCAGUUUUACCAGCAAAAUAUGUCAUAAUCAUCCAUACUAGAACAGUGAAUUGUUUCACGAAAGCUCACUGCUCCAAUAUCGUUCGAGAAAUUCAAAAAUAUAAUAUGGAGUUGAAUAAGACCGACAUUGUUUACAACUGGCUAGUUGGUGGAGACGGUUGUGUCUACCAAUGUCGUGGCUGGGAUGUUGAAGGUGAUCAUACGAAAAAUUAUGACAACAAAAGUAUAGGCGUUGGCUUCUUUGGCACCUUUAAACAGGAGGAGCCAUCAAAAGAUCAAAUUGAAAUGGGUAAAAAACUCAUCAAACAAGGCGUCGAACAGAACAACAUUAGCAAGGAUUACAUCUUAGUUGGACAAAAACAAUGUCUCCAGACACCAUCGGAAAGUCCUGGCGAAAAACUGUAUGAAAUUAUCAAAAAGUGGGACAAUUGGUCGCCAGCUUGCAUUCCAUUGUAAUAUAGACUUUACAUCGAAUUUUUCAUUAUGUCUAUUACGUCUAACAAAUGUUAUCUUGCAUUACGUAAGAUAAUAUUUUACAAUAGAUUAUUAAGUUCAAUCAAAACUUUUACGUUCUUUAAUAUUGUUUUUCCGUGCAAUUUAAAUUAUAAAAAUUAUUACAUUAGUUCCUAUGUUACAAAGUUCCUAUGUACAUACAUGUUUCUGAUGAAAUUAAUACGAAUUGUGGAAAACCAAAAGUGAGGGAUGAGUACUACUUUACAUUUAAAAAUUUGAAAUUACAUUUGGCACAAAAAAUAUUUUAAACUUAAUAAUUUCAUAUUAUCCAAUUUGAUUUUUAUUUAUAAUUAUCUGUCCAUCUCUUGUGUAUGAGUAUUAAUUGUUAUUAUUAUUUUUAUGUAAUAUUUAUUUUCAAAUAUACUAUAUAAAUAAGCGUUAAGAUAGAUUUUUACUCCUGAUUUUAAUAUUUUGAUAUUUUUAUUUGUGGAUUAUUAAACUUUGUAUUUUUUUAUAAAAAAUCAAGAACGUUGUGAUCCACCUUAAGUUUUUAAUCAUUAAAAGAAUUCUUUUAAUUAGUACAUUGAGCUGUUUUUGAAUUUAGUAAGUUUCAUACUCGAUGGCUUGUUUGUAGCUCAAUUGUGCAGUAGAUAAAAAAAAUAUUGUAAAGUUUGAUAGCUGUAAUAAAGGUUUUGCUGAUGCAUAAGAGAAAACUUGGACCAUUUGCUAUUCAAAACGGUUCACGUUUUUUAAAUAUAGGAUAAUGACGAUUAAUAAAUCUCAUUAUUUUCGUUUGAUUGAAUAGGCUAUUCAAGAUUUGAAUAUCAGAAUCUGAUAUCCAGAGCUUUAAAUCUUAUAACUAAAAAAUAGCGAAUACAAAUUGAAAAUUUCAGUAGAAAUCUACUUUAAUAAAUACUAUGCAUGACGAAUGAAUUUUAUAUAUACAAUAUGACAAAGGAGAUAUUGCAAAAUGAUUUGAACAACGAUAACUUUGACUGACAAAGUAUUGCAAAACAGAUGCACUUUAUCAUAUCUGUAAAUGAAAGUUAUUUUAGAAAAGCUUAAAGCUCAAGCUAUAUAAGUAAAAGCGAACUUAAAAGUAAUAUUCCCAUGUGCGAAAAAACUUAUAGUAUCACGCAUUUUACAGUAAAUGCUAUUACAAGACUGAAAGAAGAUUUGUGAAUGUUUGACUGAAUUUUUAAGACGGGUAAUUACAUAGAAUUUGUUAUUGAUAAGAUAACAUUGUGAGCAACCAUUUUAAACUACAUUUCUUUCUAAGAAAGAUAUGUAUAUCGCUUAAAAAAAUUCUUAUGACAAA